CAACAGAGAAAUAAAAGGAAAAAUAAUUAGAAAAAAUGACAAGAGGAAACGAAAAAAACGGGAAAAACAAACGCUAGAGAAGUUAAUCAAGAAAUGAUUGGGUGUCGUUCGAGUAACAGAGUGAUGGAACCGAAAAAAUGACAGCAAAUUCCUUAUUUGCAUGUCUUGUCGUUUUCUUCUCUCUUCUUUAGUCCCUCCCCCCUCUUCAUGCCACGCCCUCCUACGUCGUCCUCCUCCCGGACGACUCCGAGUGGCACCCCUCCUCCCCAUCGCACCUCCCUCCAUUUAUCUUCCCUUUUCACCUUCUCCUGGAUCAAAACCCUCAGACUCAAACGUUCCAAAACUUCCGAAAAACUCUACCAAAAAUACGUCAGAUCCUAUAAACUCAAAUAAUCAACAUCCUCAUUUUCAUUCUCCUUCUCAUUCUCGUCAUAAUCUUUAACAAUGUCGCAAAUAUUGGCACCGUUCCAAUUACUGGAACUCAAUGUUAUCUCAGCGCAGGAUUUGGCUUCCGCGGGAAGAAACAUGAGAACCUACGCGGUUGCAUGGGUUCAUCCCGAUAGAAAACUUUCCACACGCGUGGAUACACAAGGCCACACCAAUCCAACAUGGAAUGACAAAUUCGUUUUCCGCGUCGACGAUGAGUUUCUAUACAGCGACACUUCAGCGAUCAUGAUUGAGAUCUACGCUUUGCAUUGGUUUAAAGAUAUCCAUGUCGGCACCGUUCGUGUCCUUGUCGGCAACCUUAUUCCUCCGCCGGCUAGACCUUUCCACAACGACCGUGCUCCGCUAGGUAUGCGGUUUGUCGCUCUUCAGGUUCGUCGUCCCUCCGGGAGACCUCAGGGGAUUCUUAAUAUCGGUGUAACGGUUUUGGAUAGUUCCAUGAGGAGUAUGCCGCUUUAUACUUUGAAUGCCUCUGCCGUUGGGUACCGGCAUUUGAUGGGAGAAAAAGAUGCUUAUGAUAGCCAUAAUCAUCUUAGUCCUCAUGUUUUAGCCGCCAAUGGUGGUGGAGGUGCUGGUGGUGGUGGAGGUGGUAAACCUGAACUCCGACGAACGAAAAGUGAUACGAGUUCUGUUAUUGCCUCUGAAGCGAUUUUGCGUCACCAACGUGCUAUUAUUAAUAAGGAAAGAGCUAGUUCUGCAAUUUCUGGUUCUGAAGUUAGUGAUAAUAAGGUGAGAAAAAACAAGAAGAAGAAGAAAAAUAAGAAGAAAAAAUCCUCCAAUGAUGAGGCUAGUUCUAUCAUCAGCAGUGUUCUCAGCGAUGCGGUUGUUCCGUGGAUAGUUAAAAAUGGAAAAGCAAGUUCUACUCCUUCUGAUACACGUGUGGAACCACUGCCGCCACCACGGUAUAAUGAUGACGAACACCACAACAAUGAUGAAAUUGAUAUUGAUAAUCAUCAUGAUCAUUAUCAUUAUCAUGAUGAUAAUGAUGAUAACGAGAAGGACGUUUCGUUCGUUAACACUAUUUCUGAAGCACCUACAAGAGACACUGAUAUCAAUGAGAAACAGAACAUUGCCUAUCAAAUAAAGGCCACGCCAAAUCGUCAGUAUCCAAAAUCUCCGAUGAUGGAGUUUAAAGCCUCUCCGAAGCCGAAGUUUAUGAAAUCUCCCACUAUGCCAGAAUAUAUGAACUCUCCAAAGCCGCAGUUUAAGAACUCUCCUAAACCGCAGUUUCAUAAAUCUCCAAUGCCGGAGUAUAAGAAUUCUCCAAAACCCAAGUAUAUGAGAUCUCCGACUAUGCCAGAAUAUGAGAACUCUCCUAAGCCACAGUUUAAAAACUCGCCGAUGCCGGAGUAUAAGAAUUCUCCAAUGCCACAGUUUAGGAAUUCGCCUAUGCCGGAGUAUAGGAAUUCUCCUAUGCAGCAAGUUAGGAAUUCUCCUAUGCCGGAGUAUAAGAACACGCCUAUGCAGCAAGUUAGGAAUUCGCCUAUGCCGGAGUAUAGGAACACGCCUAUGCAGCAAGUUAGGAAUUCGCCUAUGCCAGAGUAUAUGAACUCGCCUAUGCAGCAAGUUAGGAAUUCUCCAAUGCCACAGUUUAGGAAUUCCCCAAUGCCACAAUUUCGAAACUCCCCAGCUGUGGCACCACAUUUUAGGAAUUCGCCUGCAGUUUCGAAGUUCAACCCUGCAAUGGGAUUUGGCGGUUCGCACAGGGGGACCCCGAAGCAUCCGUUUGGAAGGUUGAAUGCUGGAAUGGAAUAUGCAACACCGAUGAGGUCCAACUUGGCUAACAUGAGGCCAGUUAUGAUGACAGAGUCCGAGCUGGGACCAUCUCCGUCAGAGGUUGCGGCUGCAAUGGCAAAGAAGCCGGUGAUCGAUGAGGAUACCUCAACAGUGGGAGGGUGGAGCUUGGAUGAAAGUGUGGAAGGGUUGGGGUCAAAAUUAGAGAGGUGGCGGACAGAGUUGCCUCCGGUGAUAGACCAAGGUGAGCUGUCGAGCUUACCAACGACAAGCACGACGAAAACUAAAACUAGCCGCCAUUCGCGGAGGCAUACAGAUGGAGGAAAUGGGUUGUUUUCUUGCUUUAGUAAUAUCUGCGGUGUUGAGUGCUCCAUUGUAUGUGGUGGUGACUCUAAAAGCAAGGCCAAGGCCAACAAGAAUAGUCGCCGACUUACUUCUUCUGCAGACGGCAGUUCCAGCCUUCUGUGACAAGACAGCCUGAGUAGCAUUGCAUGCAUGCCUGGUGGAUCAUGGGAAAGGACUAAAAUGUGAUUUUCAUUAUUAUUCUCCUUUUUUAGUUCUUCUGUGUCAUUCCUAUCUGAAAUUAUUGGGAUUCAACAUAACUCUUAUACACAUUAUAUCAUACAAUAUAUAAUUAUGUAUUUAUAUUUAUGUAUUUAACUCUUGGUUUUUUAUAUGUAUAUGAUGAGUAGCAUUUUGUAGAAUGAUAGUCUUGGUAAGCUUGUUGAA